UCUCGCUCCAGCUCCAGGGCGAGCCGAGCCCCCAAUGCAAUCAGAGCCAGCAAGCCCCAGAUGUCUGACAAGAUGUCAAGUUUUUUGCACAUUGGAGACAUUUGUUCUUUGUAUGCAGAGGGUUCAACAAAUGGAUUUAUCAGCACUUUGGGACUUGUUGAUGACCGAUGUGUUGUACAACCAGAAACAGGUGAUCUUAACAGUCCUCCUAAAAAAUUCAGAGACUGCCUUUUUAAAUUAUGCCCCAUGAAUCGCUAUUCUGCACAGAAGCAGUUCUGGAAAGCUGCUAAACCAGGAGCUAAUAGCACAACUGAUGCGGUUUUGCUCAACAAACUACAUCAUGCUGCAGAUUUGGAAAAAAAGCAGAAUGAAACAGAAAAUAGGAAGCUGCUUGGCACGGUUAUCCAAUAUGGUAAUGUUAUUCAGCUUCUUCAUUUAAAAAGCAACAAAUAUUUAACAGUAAAUAAGAGACUUCCAGCUCUGCUAGAGAAGAAUGCUAUGAGAGUAACCCUAGAUGAGGCUGGCAAUGAAGGUUCCUGGUUUUAUAUACAACCCUUUUACAAACUGCGUUCUAUAGGAGAUAGUGUGGUCAUCGGGGACAAGGUAGUCUUAAACCCUGUUAAUGCUGGCCAGCCUCUGCAUGCCAGUAGCCAUCAACUAGUGGAUAAUCCGGGCUGCAAUGAGGUAAAUUCCGUGAAUUGCAAUACAAGCUGGAAAAUAGUUCUUUUUAUGAAAUGGAGUGACAAUAAGGACGAUAUUCUAAAAGGAGGGGAUGUGGUACGGUUGUUCCAUGCAGAGCAGGAAAAAUUUCUUACUUGUGAUGAACAUCGAAAGAAGCAACAUGUUUUUCUGAGAACUACUGGGAGGCAGUCAGCCACAUCUGCAACUAGCUCAAAAGCUCUGUGGGAAGUUGAGGUAGUACAACAUGAUCCUUGCCGUGGUGGUGCAGGCUAUUGGAAUAGCCUUUUUCGGUUUAAACAUCUUGCUACCGGACAUUAUUUAGCAGCCGAGCUGGAUCCUGACCAAGAUGCAGACAGAAGAGGACUCCAUAAUACUUUAGAGAAGAUGGCAUAUUCUUUAGUCUCUGUGCCUGAAGGAAAUGACAUUUCUUCCAUCUUUGAGCUUGAUCCCACCACAUUGCGAGGAGGAGACAGCUUAGUCCCAAGGAACUCUUAUGUCAGACUUAGACAUCUAUGUACAAAUACCUGGGUUCACAGCACAAAUAUCCCGAUUGAUAAAGAAGAAGAAAAACCUGUGAUGCUUAAAAUUGGCACCUCUCCUGUAAAAGAAGACAAAGAAGCUUUUGCCGUGGUACCAGUUUCUCCUGCCGAAGUUCGAGAUUUAGACUUUGCAAAUGAUGCAAGCAAAGUAUUGGGCUCCAUUGCUGGCAAGUUGGAGAAAGGAACAGUAACUCAGAACGAAAGGAGAUCUGUUACCAAGUUGCUUGAAGAUUUGGUGUAUUUUGUUACUGGCGGAACAAAUUCUGGUCAAGAUGUACUUGAAGUCAUGUUCUCAAAGCCAAAUCGAGAACGGCAAAAACUAAUGAGAGAGCAAAAUAUUCUAAAGCAGAUUUUCAAGUUAUUGCAAGCACCAUUUACUGACUGUGGAGAUGGACCAAUGCUGAGACUGGAGGAACUUGGAGAUCAACGCCACGCUCCUUUCAGACAUAUCUGCCGGCUCUGUUACAGAGUGUUGAGACACUCCCAACAAGACUACAGGAAAAAUCAAGAAUAUAUAGCCAAGCAGUUUGGCUUCAUGCAAAAACAAAUUGGCUAUGAUGUCUUAGCAGAAGACACUAUAACAGCCUUGCUCCACAACAAUCGUAAACUGUUGGAGAAACACAUCACAGCUGCUGAGAUUGAUACCUUUGUUAGCCUUGUAAGAAAAAACCGAGAACCCAGAUUCUUGGACUAUCUUUCUGAUCUUUGUGUGUCUAUGAACAAAUCUAUUCCGGUUACCCAGGAGCUGAUUUGUAAAGCUGUAUUAAAUCCAGCAAAUGCUGACAUACUUAUUGAGACUAAAUUGGUCCUGUCUCGUUUUGAGUUUGAGGAGUUAUCAUCUGGAGAGAACUCACUGGAGGUUGGUGAGGAUGAAGAAGAAGUCUGGUUAUUCUGGCGAGACAGCAGCAAAGAGGUCCGCAGUAAGAGUAUCAGAGAGCUGGCACAAGAUGCCAAAGAAGGACAAAAAGAAGACCGGGAUGUCCUCAGCUACUACAGGUACCAGCUGAAUCUUUUUGCUCGGAUGUGCCUUGAUCGCCAGUACUUAGCUAUAAAUGAAAUAUCUGGACAGUUGGAUGUUGACCUUAUUCUUCGCUGCAUGUCUGAUGAGAAUUUGCCUUAUGACUUGAGAGCUUCAUUUUGUCGACUGAUGUUGCACAUGCAUGUUGACCGAGAUCCCCAAGAACAAGUGACACCAGUGAAGUAUGCUCGACUAUGGUCAGAGAUACCAUCUGAAAUAGCAAUUGAUGACUACGACAGCAGUGGAACUUCCAAAGACGAAAUCAAGGAGAGGUUUGCACAAACUAUGGAGUUUGUGGAGGAAUAUUUGAGAGAUGUUGUUUGCCAAAGAUUCCCAUUUUCUGAUAAAGAAAAAAAUAAACUCACCUUUGAGGUUGUGAACUUAGCCCGAAAUCUGAUAUAUUUUGGCUUCUAUAAUUUUUGUGAUCUUCUAAGACUAACAAAAAUUCUCUUAGCUAUUCUGGACUGUGUACAUGUUGCAACUAUUUUCCCUAUUACAAAGGCAACAAAAGGGGAAGAAAGUAAAGGUAAGAAUGGCAAGAAAAAGUGGAGGAGACGGAGCAAUGUGAUGAGAUCGAUCCAUGGUGUGGGAGAGCUCAUGACUCAAGUGGUACUAAGAGGUGGUGGGUUCUUGCCUAUGACACCUUUGGCUGCUGUCCCGGAAGGUAACGUGAAGCAGGUUGAACCUGAGAAGGAGGACAUCCUGGUAAUGGAUACCAAACUGAAAAUAAUUGAAAUCCUCCAGUUUAUUUUGAAUGUGAGAUUGGAUUACCGAAUCUCAUGCCUUCUGUGUAUAUUUAAACGAGAAUUUGAUGAAAGCAAUGCACAGACAUCUGAUUCACCUUCAGGGAGCAAUAAUCAAGAAAUGCCAAAUGUACCAGGUGCUCUUGACUUUGAAAAUAUUGAAGAACAAGCAGAAGGGAUAUUUGGAGGCAGUGAAGAGAAUACGCCACUAGAUUUGGAUGAUCAUGGUGGCAGAACUUUCCUGAGAGUUUUGCUCCAUUUAACCAUGCAUGACUAUCCUCCGCUUGUGUCUGGGGCGCUUCAGCUACUCUUCAGACACUUUAGUCAGAGGCAAGAAGUCCUCCAGGCCUUUAAACAGGUUCAACUGCUUGUUACCAGCCAAGAUGUUGACAAUUACAAGCAGAUAAAGCAAGAUUUGGAUCAGCUGAGGUCCAUUGUUGAAAAAUCGGAACUCUGGGUCUACAAAGGACAAGGGCCGGAUGAAGCUGCAGAGGUAACAACAGGAGAAAAUGAACAUAAGAAAAAGGAGGAAGGUCGCAGCAAAUCCUCUAAACCGGAAAGCACUAGUAGCUAUAAUUAUAGGGUAGUAAAAGAGAUUUUGCUUCGUCUCAGUAAGCUUUGUGUCCAGGAGAGUAUCUUGGUUAGGAAAAGCAGGAAACAGCAACAAAGAUUGCUCCGAAACAUGGGGGCUCAUGCGGUGGUACUGGAACUCUUGCAAAUCCCCUAUGAGAAAGCCGAAGAUAUACGCAUGCAGGAGAUCAUGAAACUUGCUCAUGAGUUUCUACAGAACUUCUGUGCUGGCAAUCAACAAAAUCAGGCUUUGUUGCACAAGCAUAUAAAUCUGUUUCUCAAUCCUGGGAUUCUGGAAGCCGUGACAAUGCAGCAUAUCUUCAUGAAUAAUUUCCAGCUUUGCAGUGAAAUUAACGAGCGAGUGGUUCAGCACUUUGUGCACUGCAUUGAAACCCAUGGAAGGAAUGUCCAGUACAUUAAAUUCCUCCAGACAAUUGUUAAGGCUGAAGGGAAGUUCAUUAAAAAAUGUCAGGAUAUGGUCAUGGCUGAGCUGGUCAAUGCAGGGGAGGAUGUCCUUGUGUUCUACAAUGACAGAGCCUCAUUCCAGACACUAGUGCAGAUGAUGAGAUCAGAACGGGACAGAAUGGAUGAAAACAGUGCCCUCAUGUACCACAUCCACUUAGUAGAAUUACUGGCUGUUUGCACAGAGGGCAAAAAUGUCUACACUGAAAUCAAGUGCAACUCUCUUCUCCCCUUGGAUGACAUUGUUAGAGUUGUAACCCAUGAGGAUUGCAUACCUGAGGUGAAAAUAGCCUAUAUUAAUUUUCUAAAUCACUGCUAUGUCGACACAGAAGUUGAAAUGAAAGAGAUUUAUACAAGCAAUCAUAUGUGGAAGCUCUUUGAAAACUUUCUGGUUGAUAUCUGUAGGACUUGCAACAAUACCAGUGAUAGGAAGCAUGCAGAUUCUAUAUUGGAAAAAUAUGUGACUGAAAUAGUGAUGAGUAUAGUUACCACCUUCUUCAGUUCUCCAUUUUCAGACCAGAGCACAACUUUGCAGACUCGCCAGCCUGUGUUUGUGCAACUUUUACAAGGUGUGUUUCGAGUAUAUCACUGUAACUGGCUCAUGCCCAGUCAAAAAGCAUCAGUGGAAAGUUGUAUCAGAGUACUUUCAGAUGUAGCAAAGAGCCGAGCAAUUGCUAUCCCGGUGGAUCUCGACAGCCAGGUCAAUAACCUUUUCCUGAAGUCUCACAAUAUAGUGCAAAAAACAGCAAUGAACUGGAGGAUGACGGCAAGAAACGCUGCUCGAAGAGAUUCUGUGAUGGCAGCUUCAAGGGAUUAUCGUAAUAUCAUCGAGAGAUUGCAAGAUAUAGUAUCAGCUUUGGAAGAUCGCUUACGGCCACUGGUCCAAGCUGAAUUGUCUGUAUUGGUGGAUGUCCUUCAUAGACCAGAACUGCUUUUCCCAGAAAAUACAGAUGCAAGAAGGAAAUGUGAAAGUGGAGGUUUUAUCUGCAAGUUAAUAAAACAUACUAAACAGCUGCUGGAAGAGAAUGAGGAGAAACUUUGUAUUAAAGUAUUACAGACACUCAGGGAAAUGAUGACCAAAGAUAGAGGCUAUGGAGAGAAGCUGAUUGCACUUGGUGAAUUGGAAAAUGCUGAGCUGCCUAAAUCACCUGAAAUGGAAAACGAUAUAGAGGAGCUUGAUCAAAGUCUACCAGAGAGACAGCUUGAAGAUCAAAAAAGGGGGGAGGCCCUGAGACAGGUUUUGGUAAAUCGUUACUAUGGGAACAUCAGAAGUGGAGGAAGACGAGAGAGCCUCACCAGCUUUGGCAAUGGCCCUUUAUCUCCUGCAGGGCCCAACAAACCUGGAGGAGCAGGAGGUGGAUCAGGAUCCAGCUCAACAAACCGUGGUGAAAUGAGUUUGACAGAAGUCCAGUGUCACUUGGAUAAGGAAGGAGCAUCCAACCUAGUUAUAGACCUCAUCAUGAAUGCCACUAGUGAUAGAGUUUUCCAUGAAAGCAUCCUGUUGGCUAUUGCCCUACUGGAAGGUGGCAACACAAUUAUACAGCACUCCUUUUUUUGUCGCUUGAUGGAAGAUAAGAAAUCAGAAAAAUUCUUCAAAGUGUUUUAUGAUCGUAUGAAAGUUGCUCAGCAAGAAAUCAAGGCCACAGUCACAGUUAACACCAGUGAUUUGGGAAAUAAAAAGAAAGAUGAUGACUCCGACAGAGAUGUGCCAGCAAGGAAGAGAGCAUUAAGGGAACCCCUGACCCAGAUAACAGAGGAAGCGAGAGAUCAGUUGGUUGAGGCCUCCACCGCUACAAGGAAAGCAUUUAACACCUACAGAAGAGAAGCCGACCCUGAUGAUCAUUAUUCAGCUGUAGAAGGAGCACAGUCUGUGGCAGAUAAAAACAAAGAUGAGCUGGAAAUGAGUCCUGUCAUCACAAUAAUGCAGCCCAUUUUACGGUUUUUGCAGUUGCUGUGUGAAAACCACAACCGGGAUUUGCAGAACUUCCUACGUUGCCAAAACAACAAGACUAACUACAACCUAGUGUGUGAGACAUUACAGUUUUUAGAUUGUAUUUGUGGAAGCACAACUGGAGGACUUGGACUGCUUGGGCUGUACAUUAAUGAGAAAAAUGUAGCACUGAUCAACCAAACUCUGGAAAGUUUGACAGAGUACUGCCAGGGACCAUGUCAUGAAAAUCAGAACUGCAUUGCUACUCAUGAAUCCAAUGGUAUUGAUAUAAUUACAGCAUUAAUUCUCAAUGAUAUCAACCCCCUGGGGAAAAAAAGGAUGGAUCUUGUACUAGAACUGAAGAAUAAUGCCUCGAAGUUACUCUUGGCUAUAAUGGAAAGUAGGCACGACAGUGAGAAUGCAGAAAGGAUCCUUUAUAACAUGAGACCAAAAGAACUGGUAGAAGUGAUUAAAAAGGCCUAUCAGCAAGGUGAGGUUGAAUUUGAAGAUGGAGAGAAUGGUGAAGAUCUUGCUGCAUCGCCUAGAAACGUGGGGCAUAACAUUUACAUAUUAGCCCAUCAGCUUGCUCGCCACAACAAAGAAUUGCAGAAUAUGUUGAAGCCUGGAGGUCAAAUAGAUGGAGAUGAAGCUUUGGAAUUCUACGCCAAGCAUACAGCUCAAAUUGAGAUAGUUAGAUCGGAUCGCACUAUGGAGCAAAUAGUCUUCCCUGUGCCCAGCAUAUGUGAGUUCCUCACCAAAGAAUCUAAACUCCGGGUGUACUACACUACAGAAAGGGAUGAGCAAGGCAGCAAAAUAAAUGACUUCUUUAUGAGAUCUGAGGACCUUUUUAAUGAAAUGAACUGGCAAAAAAAGCUAAGAGCUCAACAUAUCUUGUAUUGGUGUUCUCGCAACAUGUCCUUCUGGAGCAGUAUUUCAUUCAACCUUGCAGUCCUUAUGAAUCUACUGGUAGCAUUUUUCUAUCCAUUUAAAGGAGUCAAAGGAGGUACACUGGAGCCCCAUUUGUCAGGCUUACUCUGGACAGCCAUGCUGAUAUCGCUUGCCAUUGUUAUCGCUUUACCUAAGCCCCAUGGCAUUAGGGCUUUAAUAGCUUCUACAAUAUUGCGAUUAAUUUUUUCUGUAGGUUUACAGCCCACAUUGUUUCUUCUGGGGGCUUUCAAUGUUUGUAACAAAAUUAUAUUUCUGAUGAGUUUUGUUGGUAAUUGUGGAACAUUUACUAGAGGAUACAGAGCCAUGAUCAUGGAUGUAGAGUUUCUUUAUCAUCUACUAUAUCUUUUGAUUUGUGCAAUGGGGCUCUUUGUUCAUGAAUUUUUCUACAGUUUAUUGCUUUUUGACUUGGUGUACAGGGAGGAGACCUUGCUGAAUGUCAUUAAAAGUGUCACUCGCAAUGGACGUUCCAUCAUCUUGACCGCUGUUCUUGCUCUUAUUUUGGUUUACCUGUUCUCAAUAGUAGGAUACCUGUUCUUCAAGGAUGACUUUAUCUUGGAAGUAGAGAAGCUACCUAAUGAGACAUUAUUGCCAGAUCAGCAUGAUGAAAUUAGAGAGCCAAUGACUAGAGAGUUCUUAUAUUCUAAUGUGUGCAAAAUAGAGGAUGGUGAGAAUUGUUCUUCUGUUAUUCCUUCUUCAGAGCUAUCUUCUGAAGAAUCUGAAGAGGAUAAAGAACAUACAUGUGAGACAUUGCUGAUGUGUAUUGUUACUGUACUUAGUCAUGGGCUGAGAAGCGGGGGCGGAGUCGGAGAUGUACUCAGGAAACCAUCCAAGGAGGAACCUCUCUUUGCUGCAAGAGUGAUAUAUGAUCUCCUCUUCUUCUUCAUGGUGAUCAUUAUUGUCCUUAAUCUGAUUUUUGGAGUCAUUAUUGAUACCUUUGCUGAUCUAAGAAGUGAAAAACAGAAGAAAGAAGAAGUUUUGAAAACAACAUGUUUUAUUUGUGGUUUGGAAAGAGACAAGUUUGAUAACAAGACAGUGACUUUUGAAGAACACAUUAAAGAGGAGCACAAUAUGUGGCACUAUUUAUUCUUCAUUGUGUUGGUAAAAGUAAAAGACUCUACAGAAUAUACAGGGCCUGAGAGUUAUGUAGCAGAAAUGAUAAAGGAAAGAAAUCUGGAUUGGUUCCCCCGGAUGCGUGCCAUGUCACUUGUUAGUAGUGACUCAGAAGGAGAACAAAAUGAACUUAGAAACCUGCAAGAGAAGCUUGAAUCAACGAUGAAGCUGGUAUCUAACCUUUCCAGUCAGUUGACGGAACUUAAAGAUCAGAUGACAGAGCAGAGGAAGCAAAAACAACGUAUUGGUCUCCUAGGACAUCCUAUCAAUGUGAACCCACAGCAACCAGCCUAAAUUGGAUAGGUGUUUCGUCUCCCCAUUGUAUUUCCUUCCUUCAUACCAGAGUUGAGAUCCAGUUCUUAAAGCUGCUUCGGUGUAUUCCCAGUUCAUGUAAAUAAACCUAUUUUUUAUACUGUAUGUAUAGAACUGCUCUGAGAAAGUAUUGGGUUUAUAAAUAGUGGCAUAUUAUGAGAAGAGGAUUACAUUUGUACCUUCAAAAUGUGUUUUUAUAGGAAGAAAGGCACAUCUAAUUUGCACUUGAAAAAAGGAUUUAUGUCUAAAAUAAUACAUGAUCUGUAUUUUGUAUUUAAAACCUCAGAUAGCUAGUAUUUAUGUUUUAUACAAUUGUGCAAUAUGAAUUAUGCAAUCACACUAGUUACUUUAGAAAUGUAUCCUAGAGGGAGUGCACAUUUUUGAAUCUGGUGUCAUCUUACUCCAUUUGCAAAACAGUGUCAAGUGUCCACUGAUACAAGUUGCUCCAAAUGCUGUUCCUAGUGCAGUUUAGUUCUCCAGGCCCAAUUCCCUGUUUUUGUUUGUUUGUAAAAUACAGUAUUUGAACUAGAUUGAAGCACUGUGGCAAUAAAGCCUUCUUUUAUUCCAGCCAACAUUGAUCGAUCUCCCUAUUAAAAAAAGGUUUUCAAAAAAAUCUUACUGAGCUGAUCCAUCGAUCGUGGUGCUGGAAACGUUAUUCGAACAUUAAUUAAUGAAUAAAUCUUGAAAGGAAUAUUUUUUGUUAUGACAGAUUAUAUCAGGAUGGUUCUCAAUGGCUGGUAGUCAGGCUAAUCUUCUAAAAUAUUUUUCUUGGGUUUGGUGCCAUUUUGGUUUAGAAGAAUCUAGAAUAAUGAAGAAAUAUCACCUCGGUCGAUCAUCUGUACAUUUUGUUACUAUAUUCCCACAGAGAUACAUUUCCUUCAGUUAUACUUUGUACCAAUUAAAAAUAAACUUGGCCUUCUAGGAUCCCUAGCUGAGCACUGAUUUUCCAAUACUUGUGAAAGAGCCACUAGACAUAGAUUAUGCUUUAGUUUUUUGUCACACUUUGUUAAUCUUAAAAGAUUAUAUAAAUAUAUAUAUGUAAAUGUCAUCUAGUUUUGUACAUGAUCCUCAGAGAUUACAGAAGCAAUCUCUGCUUUUAAUAAGAAGCAGGGAGAUGAGUGCUUAUUAAAGUUUGUAAAUGCAAAAAUAUAGAUAUUUAAAUAAACGAUAAAAUAAAUAUGUACAGUG